AUGGAAGAAAAUAGUUUGGAUUUGUAUAGACAGACACCGAUCAGGUAUCUAGGAUACGCAAAUGAAGUGGGCGAGGCUUUCAGAUCGAUGAUAGGAAAUAGAUGGGUAAAAUUUUCUUAUGGAGUUGCAACUUUGUAUGUACUUGCAGAUACAACAGACAAAAGUAUCAAAUCGUAUGAGGCGAAUCUAAACGAGAAAAACCAUCUGUACAAAGUAGCAUUCACCACAUCGGACACUUUGACGUGGCAACUUCUAGCUUCCGUCGCAAUUCCGGGGUACACGAUAAACCGAGUUUGUGCGGCGUCCAACUAUUUUUUGAAAAAAAGCGAAAAACUGCCAAAGAAUGCCAGGAAAUGGGUCGUCACUGGUAUCGGCCUGUUCGCCAUUCCUUUCAUCAUCAAACCGAUAGACGAAUUCGUAGAUUAUGCACUAGAUAAUAGUUUGAGGAAAUUUCAACCUUAA